AUGCCCACGACUACAGCCUACUUUGGCGAGUUGGUGACGAACCUCGGGCCCCUGACGACGACCUUCACAGCUCCGGCCUCAUGCGCAACGGUAACAGAUCAUUUUUAUUAUGGAAAGGAUAGUUCUCUUGGGAUCAUCUACGGACAGCCGACCUGUGGAUUCAAAGACUACGGCGAUUGCAUCCCAUCUGGCUCCGCCUAUGACUCGCUUGCCGCAAAUAUGUAUAAGUCGGCAACUCAACCCUUCGUCCAUUAUUACUCACCCGGGAUAGUCUGCCCUUCGGGUUGGACUACGGCUGGGACUCUUGCCCAUGCAAGCGGAACCGGUCCUGUUACUGGAUCUGGUGUCUUUACUCAGGAUCCAUAUCCUUAUCAGAUUGAUAACCUCCCCGCCAUACAACUACCCGAGGCAAAGGUUUGGUCAGAGGUGUUGGCUGAAUCCGAAACUCUUGCGUUCUGCUGCCCUAGCGGGUACUCUGGCUUUAUCAACGGAGCUUGUUGGUCAUCAGUUGGACCACGCGAGGAGCUUGGCUACUCUUCAAUCUGCAUGAUUUACUAUCCACCGGAAGCUCUCGUCACUAUUGAAACUCUCGACGGAUCUACCUGGACACCUGCACUGAUCUCGUUGACUCCAGUAACAAAUGACUGGGAAACCGAGACAGGUGUAUUGGACGCCACGACGGGAACCUAUUAUGAUAACGACUUGCAAAUCCACACCAUGAUUCCUGCGGUACCGCUUGUAUACCAAGCCACUGAUGUCGCCGCGGCGGAAACCAGUGACGCCGGUAAUAGUACCGACAGUGAUGACGAUAGUGCAGCCCCGAGAACUUUGGCUGGGCCUGCAUCCCUACAGCUGCUCACCGUUUUGGCGAGUAUGCUUGCUGGGGCCGGGCUGUUG